GUCACUCCUGAGGUUCACUCUUUAGCCAAAGAGUAGACGGGCCCAUAAAACAAAAUGAGACUAAAGGGGUACACCAGCCCUGGGGCAAGGACUAGAAGGCAGGAGGGGACGGGAAAGCUGGGAAUAGGGAACCCAAGUUUGAGAAGGGAGAAUGUCGACAUGUCGUGGGGUUGUUAACCAAUAUCAUAAAACAAUAUGCAUACUGUUUAAUGAGAAACUAGUUUGUUCUGUAAACCUUCAUCUAAAGUACAAUUAAAAAAAAAGUUACAGUCUAGGAAGCCCUAUGGAGCAGUUCUUUUCAGUCUUAUAGGGUGGCUAUGAGUCGGAAUUGACUCCAUGGCCCACAGUAACAACAACAUGCCAAAGGGGUCUGUUCAGCUUCUGUUGCUUGUCACAAACAGCACCCAUGGGAGAGGAAUUGAGGGCUCAAGACACCAGGAUCACUUGGGAAAGUACAAGCCUGACAGCUGAAGGCUCCCAGAGCAGCAAGUAUCACCUUGCCUUUUCUUUUGGACUGUUUCAGCUGCCUGCUUUUGAUCGACAGAGGCAUCUGGGUGCUAAAAAUAUCCUAGUGACCAAGUACUCCCAAUUCCAACUAGAGCUGACCAUGGCAGGAGCCCAGUACUUAGCGCAUACAGAUAGUUUCUUCUUUUCAUCAGUUUCCAGGCCCAAUCCUAGAACCACACCAGCCCCUGGAUGACAAAGGAGACCCCUCCCAGAUCACCGUCCUUUUGCCUGCCCACUCCUGUCCCCAGGAAAAGUGGCGGAGGGGGAGGUGAGGGCCCAGUGGCAAGAAGGGCAGGGAAGGGGAGGUGGCUUGCCCAUUUAUAGUCUUGCUCUUUGGGAUACCGAAGGUGCUGAAAUAGCAGCAAUGACAAGAGACUUGUCUCAGUGUUAAGUAUCUGCCACACUGGCCUGAAGUCUCUGAGAUGACAAUAGUGGGGAUGGAGAACGUGGAAGUCUUCACUUCUGAGGGCAAAGGCAGGGGUCUGAAGGCCACUAAAGAGUUCUGGGCUGCGGAUAUCAUCUUUGCUGAGCGGGCCUAUUCUGCAGUGGUUUUUGACAGCCUCAUUAACUCUGUGUGCCACACCUGCUUCAAGAGGCAGGAGAAGCUCCAUCGCUGUGGGCAGUGUAAGUUCGCCCAUUACUGUGACCGCACGUGCCAGAAGGAUGCCUGGCUGAACCACAAGAAUGAGUGCUCCGCCAUCAAGAGAUACGCGAAGGUGCCUAAUGAGAACAUCAGGCUGGCCGCGCGGAUCAUGUGGCGGGUGGAGAGAGAGGGCACCGGGCUCACGGAGGGCUGCCUGGUCUCUGUGGACGACUUGCAGAACCACGUGGAACACUUUGGGGAGGAGGAGCAGAAGGCACUGCGGGUGGACGUGAACACUUUCCUGGAGUACUGGCCACCUCAGAACCAGCAGUUCAGCACGCAGUACAUCUCUCACAUCUUUGGAGUGAUUAACUGCAAUGGCUUUACUCUCAGCGACCAGAGAGGCCUGCAGGCAGUGGGUGUGGGCGUCUUCCCCAACCUGGGUCUGGUGAACCACGACUGUUGGCCCAACUGUACCGUCAUAUUUAACAACGGCAAGAUUGAGCUCCGGGCCCUGGGCAAGAUCUCAGAAGGAGAGGAGCUGACAGUGUCCUAUAUCGACUUUCUCAAUCUCAGCGAAGAACGUAAGAAGCAACUGAAGAAGCAGUACUACUUUGACUGCACCUGUGAGCACUGCCGGAAAGGGCUGAAGGAUGACCUCUUCCUGGGGGUGAAAGAUGACCCAAAGCCUUCUCAGGAAGUGGUGAAGGAGAUGAUACAGCUCUCCAAGGAUACACUGGAAAAAAUUGACAAAGCUCGCUCUGAGGGUUUGUACCAUGAGGUGGUGAAAUUAUGCCGGGAGUGCCUGCAGAAGCAGGAGCCAGUGUUUGCGGACACAAACCUCUACACGCUGCGGAUGCUGAGCAUUGUUUCAGAGGUCCUGUCUUACCUCCAGGCCUUUGAGGAGGCUGCGGACUAUGCCAAGAGGAUGGUGGAUGGCUAUAUGAAGCUCUACCACCAUAACAAUGCCCAACUGGGCAUGGCCGUGAUGCGGGCAGGGCUGACAAACUGGCAUGCUGGUAACAUUGAGGUGGGGCACGGGAUGAUAUGCAAAGCCUACGCCAUUCUCCUGGUGACACAUGGACCCUCCCACCCAAUCACCAAGGACUUAGAGGCCAUGCGAGUGCAGACAGAGAUGGAGCUGCGCAUGUUCCGCCAGAACGAGUUCAUGUACUACAAGAUGCGUGAGGCUGCCCUGAGCAACCAGCCCAUGCAGGUCAUGGCUGAGCCCAGCAGAGAGCCAGCCCCAGCCCUGUUCCAUAAGAAGCAGUGAGGACCUGCCUUGUAGGGGAGUGGCAACAAAGCUGGGGAACUGGGGAGAGAUUCUGGAGGCAGUGGUCUCUGGAGAGACCCUUGGUGAGGAAGUUGGGGGUAAUGCUCAUCCUUGUUGCUGUGAGAAUGCACUGCCCUAUGUUCCCCAGUGUCAUUUGUGUUCAAUUCAACUCAGUUCAAUUUACUUUAACUCUAUCCUCCUCUCCCUGGUCCCAGUCUAGACAUUUUUAUUGGGUACUAGACCCUGAAGAUAAAAAAGCUCCAAAUGUAAUUGGGGAGGCAAAACAUAAGCAAUUAAAGUGUAGUAUAAUAAGUGUACAGUAAACUGGAUGGAGAGAGGAAGCACAGAGGAGGGCUUGUGUGUGAUGUGCAAGUGCGGUGGGCGUGUCACGGAGGACAUCCUCUCUGGGAUGUGGGUUCUCAGUCUCCUUCGCUAGCUCUGUUUCUCUGUGUGCCGCGAUAGGUUGGCAUUUCCUGGAGUUGGUUUUGCCCUUGGUUCAUUCUCAUCUCACUCUGCACACACUCCUUGGAUGAGCUCAGCCAAGUUCUUGGUUUAAUGGCCACCUUGAGACAGAUGAUUCUCAAAUCCGUGUUAUCCCACUUUGCUCCUGGGCUCCAGCCACACACAUGCUCACAUGUUUUGCAGGCAGAUCAAACUCAGCAUGGACAAAUGGAACCUCUUUCUCUUUCCACAAAAUCUGUUCCUCCUUAGUACACCACACAAGAACAUCAUGAUAGGACACUAGACUUCUCCAGCCCUAGGCACUUCUAGGUUCCCUACUGCAUCUUCUACUUCAGUCAAACUCAGUCACUCUUGGGUCCUUGAAUGAACCAUAUUCUCCAGUCCCUCUUUUUGAAUUUUGAAACAUUCUGUCUAAAAUUCCUGACAGCUGCCCAAUUCCUAUUCAUCUGUCAACACCCAGGUGGGAAAUCACCUCUUCUGUGAAGCUUUCUUUGAAUGGCCGAGAUUGAGCUGGCUGCCUGAGUUUCUCAUGUCAUCCUUAAACUCCCUAUCAUAACACUCCGCUCAUGGCAUUGUAAUUACAUUUUUACUUGUCUGUCUCCUCUUUCAGACUUAGUUUCUGGAGGUUGGGGGCUAUAUCCCUUCAUUCAUCUUUCUAUCCCCAGCACCCAGCACAGGUCCUGGAACGUAGCUGGUACUCAGUAAGUGUUUGUUGAAUGAAUGGAUGAAUGAGCUUGCUUAUCAAAGAGCAAAAGGGGCCCAAAACUGUGAAUUUGCAGUUUUUAUGUUAUACAAGUCAAUAAAACUCAUUAAACCUCUGUGUUUCCAAGAAAAUAGGUGUGGCUUCUUUCUUUCUGGCAAUCCUUUAAGAGCAGUGUUAAUAGAACGUCCUAUGCUGAGAGAAAUGUUUUAUAUUAUUGCUGUCCAAUACAGCAGCCACUAGCAAAUGUGACUAUUGAGCACGUGAAAUGUGGUUAGCAUAACUGAGGAUCUGAAUUUUUAAUUUUAUUGAAUUUCAAUUAAUUUAAGUUUAA